CCUGGCACACGCCACCAGAUUGCCGACUUCGACUCGACGGAACGGCAGGUUUGAUUCGCUGCAGCCGGCAUCGUACCGAUCACUUCAGGUAGUGCCGUCCGCGAGGCAACACGUGCGCAUCCUUCUUUCCGUGGAGUUGAGUUGAGUUAUGAUCGAGAAAAAAAAAAACUAGAACUGAGUGCUUUGAACUGAAACGUUGAUCGAUUCCGAGAAGGUUUCCUGUGCGUAGUCUACGACCAUGUGACCAAAUUGUAACCCAAAGAUCCAGCUGGAAGCCAAAUUGUUAAGUGUUAAGUGUACCAAAUAUGCCAAAAACUGUUCCAAAGAACUGUUCGCAGAACGAUGAUCUCGCAGAGUGCCGCCGCCCCGGAAGUGGUGGCCCCCGAGCCAAAGCCAAACGUAGACAUAGUGAGCUGGAACCAAACGGUGGCGAAGGGGAGGACGAGUCUUCCCACAGUGCCACCACCGCUAAACGACCAAAUCGAACAACCGAAUCAACAACGAACCAAAGAGUGAACCAACGACGACAGUCCGGAGAUAGUACGGGUGAACACCUCUCGUCGACGGCGACGCCACCUGCCUCUCCGGCUAGAGCGGACUUCCUCAUCCAAGCGCUGCAGCGGAUCCAAGAGCUCCAGGAUGAGAUCGACUUCCUGGAGAACGAUCCGUAUGCAGAAGACACGGACAGUUCCGGUACCGAUGAGGAAUUUCACGAUCCACAAGGAGCAGUUGUGGUGGGCCACCAGGCGGAAGCAUUGGGAUUUGCGGUUUGCGUACGGGAAACUAUGGCUUUCCUGGAACGUGAAGGCGUCCCCGCCGACAGUCCGAUGAUGGUGAACUUGCGGAACCGACUGGUCGGCAGGUGUGAGCAGAAUUUGUCCUGUUGAGGAGAGAUGUGUUGGGGAGGGGAAGGGUGAAAGUGAAUCUAGUCAAGAGGGGAGUUUAUAUCAGGAUCCAUAAAGUACCUGAAGUGAUUCGCGAAUCACUACGGGGAUGUUUCUAGUCAGAUGUGUAGAUUUAAGCAGAGUUUAAUCGAUUAGCUUUGUAAGAUACCAAAGUAUAUGAAUCUAUGACCAAAAAUAAAGCGUAAGAAAACAUCCGCAGUUGUUUUAUGUUUUUUUUAGAAUGCUGUGACAUCCUGACAUCUUUACAUAUAAGUGUACCACACAGUGGUCCAGCACCCACUUUCAGAGAUUUUUAGACA